AUGUUCAACUGCCACAUAAAUGUUGAGAUAUGCUCAAGUAUUAAAGCCGUUAAGUACCUGUUCAAGUACAUCUACAAGGGACAUGACCGGGCAUCUGUAUCCGUGAGUGAGAAACUAAAUGAAGCCGAAAUCGACGAGAUUAGACAGUACAGAGAUGCACGGUGGGUAACACCUCCAGAAGCACUAUGGAGAAUAUACGGCUUCCAACUAAGCAAAAUACACCCAUCUGUCCUGCAAUUGCAGCUACAUCUCCCAAAUAUGCAUAUGGUCUCGUAUAACGGCAAAGAAAAUAUCAACAAUGUUAUCAGCCGUGAGGGAGCAGAUAGGUCAAUGUUGACAGCAUACUUUGAAGCAAACAACCUAAAUGUGAAAGCACGUGGUAUAAUAUAUAGGGACUUCUCAGAAUACUAUACUUGGCAAACAAAAGGGAAGUUUUGGCAAGAGAGAACACGAAAAGGUAUAUUACAGGUUGGCAGGAUCGUCGCAGCACAUCCUGCUGAAGGAGAACGAUACUAUCUCCGAGUUCUCCUCAACCACGUGCCAGGUGCCACAAGCUACGAAGACCUAAAAACAGUUGAUGGACAACUAAUGCAAAACUUCCGUGAGGCUGCAGAAAAAAGGGGGCUCAUUGAGGCAGACAACACACUAGAUGAUUGCAUGACAGAAGCGGAGUUGUUUAGGAUGCCAUCAUCGCUACGAAGGUUAUUCGCGACAAUCCUCGUAUUUUGCGAGCCUAGCGACGUCCGUGGCCUCUGGAACAAUCACCUAGAGGCAAUAUCUGAAGACUACAGCAGAAACUGCAAAUGCAAGCACACUGUGGAACAGAUGGUACUAAAACAUAUCAGGGACAUACUUCAAUCAAUGGGAAAGGAAAUUCAGUCAUUUCCUCUACCAGAGAUUGAUGAACAACAUGACACGACAGACGACGUACCUAGAGAGAUGACCGAGGAGUUGUCGAUCGAGGUAAAUGUUGAGGACAGAUCUUUACAUGGGAGCCUAAACAAAGAGCAGAGAGCGGCCUACGACGAAAUCCUAGCAACAAUUGACAGCCAAAGAGGAGGCAUAUUCUUCGUCGAUGGGCCGGGAGGCACAGGAAAAACUUUUCUUUACAGAGCACUCUUGGCCACGAUACGCGGUCAGGGAAAGAUUGCUCUAGCGACAGCCACUUCAGGUGUUGCCGCUUCCAUAAUGCCAGGAGGGAGAACAGCACACUCCAGGUUCAAGAUUCCACUAAGAAUAGAUGAGGGAGCAAUUUGUGGAUUCACAAAACAGAGCGGGACAGCCAAGCUACUGCAAGUGGCUUCUCUAAUAAUCUGGGAUGAAGCAUCUAUGACAAAGAGUCAGGCAGUUGAGGCGCUAGACAGAAGCAUGAGGGACAUAAUGGACAGACCAGAUCUUCCAUUCGGCGGGAAAACGGUUGUAUUUGGAGGAGACUUUAGACAAGUGCUCCCAGUUGUCCGAAAAGGUACAAGAGCUCAAAUAGUAGAUGCGUCACUAACCAGGUCAGAUCUAUGGAAAUGCAUGAGACAAAUGAAGCUUGUGCGCAAUAUGAGGGCUCAGAACGACCCAGGGUUCGCGGAAUACCUACUGCGCAUUGGAAACGGAACUGAGAAAACAAACGAGGAUGGCGAAAUACUUUUACCUACAAGUAUAUGCGUGCCAAAUAAUCAUAAUGGCCUAGAUAAACUCAUCGACCAUAUCUACAGAACACCAGGCUCCUCCCUAGAAGAUCCAAAAUACAUCACAUCAAGAGCAAUUUUAGCAACAAAGAAUGACUGCGUCGACAAAAUCAACCUAAAAAUGAUUGAUCGAUUCCAAGGGGAGGAGAUGGUGUACUACAGCUUCGAUUCCGUAGAAGAAGACCCAUAUGGAUACUAUCCAGAAGACUUCCUAAACGCCCUUACCCCAAACGGGCUGCCUCCACAUAUGCUAAAGCUCAAGAUUAAUUGUCCGAUCAUACUACUCAGGAAUAUCGACCCCGCUAAUGGCCUGUGCAAUGGCACAAGAUUGGUGGUACGUGGAUUCCAGAAAAAUGCAAUUGACGCAGAGAUUGUGCUAGGACAGCAUUCUGGAAUGCGAGUUUUCUUGCCUCGAAUACCAUUAUGCCCCUCGGACGAAGAAAUGUUUCCGUUCCGUUUCAAGAGGAAACAAUUUCCAGUCAGGCUCAGCUUCGCGAUGACAAUAAACAAAUCACAAGGUCAGACAAUACCAAAUGUCGGCAUCUACCUACCUGAACCGGUUUUCUCACAUGGUCAACUAUAUGUCGCGCUUUCAAGAGCAACUGCAACAUCAAACAUAAAGGUACUAAUAGGUACAUGUGAAGAGGAGAAUGAGAAUACGAAAGAGGAAAAGAAGAAGGUGAACCAGAAGAAGAACAAGAAGAUGGAAAUAAGUACAAGCGAGACGUACACAAAGAAUAUUGUCUACACGGAACGACACUGCGUCGAUGCAUCUUCUCAGGCGCGCCAGCGACUGGCGCCGAGGCGUCGCUUCGGCAGUCUGCGCCACGUUAAUGGCGAUGUCUCGCUUGCCGAGCGGCCGCCGCUCACCUCCGCCAACGAGGGCCGCUGCUUCGAAUUCCUCCUCCGCAUCGACGGCGACCCACUCGGCAUCAAGCGGCUUCCGGACAAGUUCAUCGAGUUCGUCGAUGGCGUCAAGCCGGCGCACUUGCAGCUACAGGAGCCGAGAGCAGAGAACGGCACUGUCCACACAAGCCGCGCGUACCGCGCACCUCGCGUCGCCGGCGCUCGUCCUGCGCGCCUCCCGUCGUCGGCCAGCCUACCGCUGCCAGAGACACUCCGGCCAGGUCCCCGCCGCGAGCUCACUAUCCAACCCAGCGCUGCUGCGCCCGGGAGGAGCUGCCACCUCGACAGCACCAUCGGCGACGGUGGAGCACGAUGGGGAUUGGGCACCGGAGGGGAGAAGGGCAGCGGCAGAAUACACACAGACGGAAGCGGACCCUCGGGCGGCAGUGGCCUACGUCGGAGGCGCUGGCAGCGGGAAGCAGGGAGGAUUGGUAGCGGCGACCGGGCAAAGAUAAGGGGAGCGAAUCGUAACAUCGAUGGCGUGCGUCUCAGCUUGUGCGGUCGAGCAAGCAGAUAA